AUGGGAGACGCAGUCAUGAAUUCAGUCCUUCGACUUUCUCGACAAAUGUCGCCAGUCAGAGAAACAUAUCCACCUUCAGAAAAACCAUGAAGUAAUGGUCUGCGUUUUAAAGCCCCAGAGCCUAAAUAUUCAGAUUACUACAUUCUAAACUCUCCUCAACGAAAAUCUCUUGAACUUCGAGUAGAGGCUUCAAAUCGGUUAAAAUUUAAUUCAGCAGACCGAAAGUCCACUACAGACAUCGCCAAAGAAGUCCUAAAAACCUUAGAAACUUCUGAAUCAGUCUGCAGCGCUAAAAAGUCUCCUUUUAAAGAGGCGAAAUCUCCAUUUUGUUCCAGCCCAUCUCAAUUUUCCCGAUAUUCCGGCCGAGAUAUGACAGUCAGCACAGCCGCUUCUAAAAAAGUUUCCCAAGACAGCAUGCAACAAGUCCACAUGAGUUUUGACGAUGAUUAUUCGCCGCUUGAUGACAAAUUGUGUGCGUUAAAAGAAAAAAGCUUAAAAUCUGAAGCAGAAUACAAUGCAAGGGUCAGAAUCAUUCAAGAAAAUAUAGAGAAAUACGAAAAAUUGAUACAAGAAGAAGCGAAAAAACAGGCAGAAGAAAAGGUAAAAAAUAUAUAGAAAAUUUGGGAAAAAGAAAAUAAAAAAUCCAGCUAUGAAGAGCUUGUAGGAGAAGUGGGGUUGUUAAAAGAAGAAAAUAAUAAAUUGAGAAAAGUGAUAGAAAUGUAUAAAAAAAAUGAGGAUGAAACUAUGAAGGGGAUAAAGGAAAAAAUCAGUGAGCUAAAUAGAAGACUUAGUGCUUCGAUUUCUUAA